AUGGCAGCUAUUAAAAAUGGAACUACACCUUACAAUCAAAUUCAAGGCAUCGCAUCGAUCAAUGUGCCUGCAUAUUCGAAUGGUGAUGAGAAUUUCUUUUCAGUCGAAGAACACUAUUUGCAUGAUGUUUACAUGGGAAUCAAAUGGCAAUGUGUCGAAUAUGCUCGUCGAUGGCUUUUCAUUCGUAAACAAUGUAUUUUUCAAAAUGCGCGUCAUGCCGCCGAUAUUUUCACGAAUGUGAAGAGCAUCGAACGAGUAACGGACGGUAAACAUUUUCCAUUGAAACCACAUCCAAACGGUUCACCAUAUAAACCACAAGCUGAUUCGAUACUGAUUUUCUCGCGUACAGAGGAUCAGCCAUUUGGACACAUUGCUGUUAUCUGUGAAGUAGUACCCGGUUUUGUUCGUAUUGCCGAACAAAAUCAUGAUUCGAAGUAUUGGCCUGGUGAUUAUGCUCGUGAACUUCCAUUGAUAAAAAAGAACGACCUCUAUUAUAUCGAAGAUGAUGAGAAUGUUGUUAAUGGAUGGAUGGAAAUCGAAGAUAAUCAUCAAUUAGAACCAUUGGAUGGAUCGAAUCUAGGUGUCAUUCUCAAACAAUAUCAGCAGCAGAGGCCAAUGGGUACAUUAGAACGUUGUAUGAUUCCAAAUAAGACUUCCGAAUUGAAAGAUGGCUGGCUAGACGAGAAUUGCCCAGCGGAAAAGUGCUUUAUGGAUAUAAAUGGUGAGGAUAUCGCUCGAGCUGAUGCUGAUUAUUUGCCUUACUACAAAAUUGAUAAUUAUCUACUUUUUCACAUUGGUACGGCAUCGAAUGAAAUCCAUCGAAUGUUCAUGGAAGCAACGCAACGUGUCGUGAAUGACGAUGAAUUAAUGACACGCUGCAGUAUACCACAAGUAUUCUGGUCACGUAUUCGUUACUCGUGGACGAACGAUAGACAUUUGGAGAUGAGUGGUCGAUUUGAUCUAGCUUUCAAUGGUAAACAGCUGAAAGUAGUCGAGUACAAUGCCGAUAGUGCUUCUGCUCUCUUUGAAUGUUCGAUUAUUCAAGAAAAAUGGGCAAAAGCCGUACAACUCGAAUCGACAUUCUUGUCGGGCUUUCAAAUGCAUCGAGCACUUGUACAUAAUUGGAAACGUAUGAAUAUUGAAUCAUGUGUACAUCUGUUAAUCGAUAAUGAUCCAGAUGAAAUGCUCACCGCUCUCUAUAUGCAACAAGUGAUGAAUGAAGCCGGGAUCAACACGAAACUAUGCAAGAUGACCGACGAUUUGUAUUGGAAAGAUGGCAAGAUUGAAGAUAACGAUGGUCGAAUAGUAAUCAUGGUUUGGAAAUUGUGGAUGUGGGACACUAUUUUCAACGAUUAUUUUAAUACACAAAAGGAACGUGGUCUCGAUGUUGACAAUGAAACACAUUGGAUACCGACUAAUGGUGAACAUCCUCAUCUUAGUGAUAUUUUUCUGAAUGACCAGAUUCAAGUAAUCGAACCUCUCUGGAAAGUCAUUACCAGUAAUAAAGCACUACUACCAAUCCUCUGGUCGAUGUAUCCGAAUCAUCCGUAUCUUCUACGUAGCGAAUGGACACUGACCGAUGCAUUGAAACGUAGUGGCUACGUGAAAAAACCAAUUGUCGGUCGUUGUGGUCAAAAUGUCACAUUGUAUAAUAACGAUGACGAAACCGUGAUCGAUGAAGCUAUUGGUAAUUAUGUCAAUCGAAAUUGUAUUUAUCAAGAACUUUUUCAUUUAACAUCUUUCAAUGGUUAUUAUUGUAUUUUUGGUAGUUGGAUUCUCCAUGGCCAUUUUACUGGUUUCUGUAUCCGUGAAGAUCAAAAAUUGAUUACCGAUGCCAAAAGUCCGAUCACUGCUUGUUGCAUAGUUUGGAAGUAA